ACUAUAAAUCAUUUACUACGAUGAACAUCAUGGCGAAUAAUAUCAAAGCAAAGAAAAUGUCCUUCGUUGCCAGAAUUAAGACAUACACUAUUAAACAGCUCUCCAAAGUAGAUCCCGAUGAGGACGCAAAGAAUGAUCCGCAAAUGGUUGCCGAAUAUCUGGUAGAAAUUUUUAAUUAUUUACGCGAGUUAGAGAAUAAGAAUGUGGUUGAAAAAGACUUUUUAAAAGUUCACAAGAUCACGCCAAAAAUGCGUGCGGUUCUUAUUAACUGGCUCGUUGAUGUUCAUCAAAAGUUCAAGCUUUGCCUUGAAACACUUCAUUUCUGCGUGUCACUUGUCGAUCGCUUCCUUCAACUUGACAAGACUGUUGGACCGGAAUCGCUUCAGCUUAUUGGCGCCUCUGCAUUACUGGUAGCAUGUAAAUAUGAGGAAGUUUACGUUCCUAACAUACAAUGUUUCACAUAUGUCUGCGACAACAACUUCAAUAAGGCAGACGUAUUAAAGAUGGAGGGUACAAUUUUGAAAAAAUUGGAUUUUAAUUUGGGCAAGCCUGCCUCCAUUCACUUUUUGAGGAGGUACAGUAAACUUGCUAAAGUUAAUAAUGAACAUCACAAUUUGGGAAAGUACAUUUUGGAGCUUGUACUCUUGGAGUAUAAUUUUGCGCAUGUGAAGCCUUCACUUAUAGCUGCCGCCGCUUGUUGCUUGUCAAUUGCUGUCAUAGAUGGUAUCAAAAAUGUUAAGUCUAUUUGGUCAGAUGUUUUAAAUAAGUAUUCGACUUAUUCGUAUGAUGACAUUAGAGGAAUAAUAUAUGAAAUGGCAGCGCUUCUUGACAAGAGCCCUAACAUGAAAUAUCAGGCAGUAAGGUUGAAGUAUUCGUCAGCAAACUUUUUAAACAUAAGCUUGAAUCCAAAAUUGAAUGGAACCAUCAUUAAAAAGUUGAUGAUGCGUGCGGCCGUACCAGGAAAGUAAUUUGACUUUUAUACAUUAUUUUUAUUUUAUUUUAUUGAUUAUUGUGAUUUUUACUUAACAUUUUACAUUAGCCUGUGUUAUAAUAAAUAGAUAGAAUUGAA